UUUUCAUUGCUUGUUGUAACAAUGUCUUUAUUAAUAUUAGUUGUGUUAUCGCUAUGUUUGAACAAUAUCAGUUCCCAAAAAUUCCGUAUGGACUACAUGUGGGCCCACGCAUUCAAAACGUUUUAUCGACUUCACGACUUGGCAACUGACUGGGAUCAAGCGCGGCAAAUGUGUGAAGCUGAAGGGACCACACUCCUUAUACCAUCAAGUUUAGAUGAAAUAGAAAACCUGAAACUGCUUAUGAGCAAUAUGAAAGCGCACUACACUGGGGUUUUUAUAGGAAUCCAUGACCAAUUUUCUGAUGGCCACUACGUCACUGUCAAAGGUGAACCCAUAACGGGAACAAUUUUGGAACUAUUGUGGGCAGAAGGUCGCCCGGACAACUUAAACGGGUCAGAGCACUGUGUCAUCAUGACUAGGGAAGGGUUGUUUGAUGAUCGGCCUUGCUCUGAUAUUUUUCCCUUUGUCUGUAAAAUAUUAGGGAAUGAUACGCAAUAUAAUGAGCCAUGUGAUAGUUUCGAUAUGGGUUAUGAACAGCAUACUUUAAUAAAAAGCAAAUGCUAUAAGUUCCACGGUGAACCAUUGUCAUGGCACGACGCGUAUCUUGCUUGUAAGCUUGAAGAAGGACGUCUGGCUAUAGUUAAUUCAGCAAAAGAAGCUAGUGUAUUUGUGAGCCUCUUGGGGGAACAUCUCAAUAGUAACACUCCUGAUCCAAACAUUCUAUAUAUAGGCUUCAGUGACUUAAUGUUUCCGUAUCAAUAUAGGACUAUCGUCGGUCAAACUCUAGAAGAAGCUGGCUAUGCAUCAUGGAGUCCACUACAAGAAUCACUCAAAGCAUCUACAGACAAGCGAUGCGGUGCCUUAUCAAGGACUGGUUUUCUUGAAGUUACGCACUGCAACCGUCCAGCAAUGUUUCUAUGUGAAAAAGUCCUAAGUGAAGCCCCUUAACUUCAUCUCAUCAGAUACAUUUCUUUUCAAUUAAACGAUCUUGUAUUCUUAAAAUAAUGGACAAGUUAACAAUAUUCGUAUGUACUAGUAUAAAAGGCAAAGAAUUAAAAAAACGUAUAAACAAAGUAAAAAAUCUGUUCUAGCAUUUUCCCGUCGGAUUUUACAAAAUAACACCGUAAUACCCAACAUACGUAAACAUGACACAUUUAGAAUAAAUCGAUAGCAGAUCUGACCAGUAUUAAUUGUUGUGACUCGAUGACAACUGCAGAUUUGUAUUUCAACUAAUUGUAAACGCAACUUUAAACUAGCCUUAGGUCGUAGAAUAUAGAAGCUCCCUUAUAUAUAUUGAUAUAGCAAUUAUCUGCAUAACUUAAUGAGAGAGUUAACUUUAUUGCAACAAUGAAGAAUUGGCAAACUAAGGUAAACAUCGCGAGAAAACUGGCAUUUCUUAUACCUAAAAUGUCAGGCACAGAAUGUGCUGAUCGCAUAAACAGAUCUAUAGCCGAGACCGGUUUAGCUAUUUAUUAUUUACAAUAAAUUAUAUUUAUAA